AGAGAGAGAGAGAAAGAUCAUUCAUCUGUCGGCUCUAUCGCGAGCUCGCGACCAAACGAAAACAACACCCCGGAGGAACGAAGCCGUGGGCCUAGGAACCUUCUAGUUCUAGAAGCAUCUCGAAGAUGCUGUCGUCUCUGUCGGCGUGGUUCGUGAACCCGCGGAAGAACCCGCUCGCCCGCCUCCACAUGAAGACCGUCGCCUACCGCCUCAGCAACUACGGGCUGCGGUACGACGACCUGUACGACCCGUACAACGACCUGGACAUCAAGGAGGCGCUGGCGCGGCUCCCGCGGGAGGUGGUGGACGCUCGCAACCAGCGCCUCAAGCGAGCCAUGGACCUCUCGAUGAAGCAUCAGUACCUCCCCGACGACGUCAAGGCACUGCAGACACCUUUCAAAAGCUAUCUAUCAGACAUGCUGGCUCUGGUGAAAAAGGAGAGAGCAGAGCGUGAAGCACUCGGAGCACUCCCCCUCUACGAGAGAACCCUUCCAUGAUGUCCCUGUUUUGUAGUCUUUUAUAUAUCAUGCAGAGCAUGCAAUAAAAUGCAGUGGAUGAUAUGUACUAUGUAUUGUGCUAAACGCUCUGUUGUUGUUUGUGUGGUGAUUGGCCAGCAGAAGAUACUUGUAUGUGUAACGACUUGGAUAUAGAACUCUAAAAAAUGUGGUUCAGUUGACCUAAUUUUAAA